AUGAGUUGUUUGUUAUUUUUCAAUUUUAUUCUAUUACUUUUUGCUAUUACAUUUCUCAUAUUGGGUAUAACAACAUCAAGAUGGCUUGUUCUUAUUGAUAAUAAUACAAAUCAUAUAACUAGUGAAAAUUCAAAUGGUAUUGUAUCAUCUUGUCAACGACUUUAUCGUCAGGGUAAUACAGAUAAAUAUUUAACUGUAAACAAUGCAACAAAUAUUAAUGAUAUAAAUAUAUAUGAUGAUGCUUAUGUAUGUUUUAAUCGAUUACUCAAAUGGCAUAAUGCAUCUAUAGUUGGACCUGAACUGUUGGGACAACGUGACAAAGAUAAGACGAUUGUAAAAGCUAUUAAAUAUUUAUCAGCAACAAAUCCAAGACAUCGAUAA